GUUGCGUGGCCCGCACAUCGAUAGUGGCGCUUGACGCCGUGGUUGUGGGGUCGAACGCGCUCACGGCGGCCGCCACGCCAGCGCGCUUGACGACGACGCCGCCGCCGCCGCGCUAAAAAUACACAAUCGCGCCUUGGACGAGGCGUUUCGGCACCGCGCGCGCACAUCGAUCAUUUGCCGCCGCCGCCGCCGCGCUACCGUUUUCGCCGUCGACGGCGCGGCCGCCGCUUGCAGUGCGACGACGAGUUGUGUGCAUAAUAAUAAUAAUAAUAACAAUAAUAAAAUACAUAGGCCGACGAAAUAGAAUCUCUCGAUUCGUCACUGCGGAAGAGACGACGAGCCGAAUACGAGGAAACCCGCUGCGUCGACUGGUGCAGGACACAUCAUAUACGCCGACGAACGGACAUCGUCGCAUCGGACGGGCGAUUGGCGGCGGUGCAACAGGAGAAGACGGCGGCGGCGGGAAACGGACAUGUUAUGCGGCCCGGUAGUCGGGUCGGCGGUGCAGCAGACGAGUGUUCGUCGUCUUCGUCGUUGAUAACGUCAUGUACGCGUCAUCGUCUGCCGACAAGUACGGCACCGGCAGGACCGCGACCGCCAAGACGUACCACAGCCAUCACCUCCAUCACCACCACGUCGGUGCGUCGUCGUCGACGUCUUCGUCGUCGUCGUAUGCAUUGUCGUCAGAGCUGAGCGCCGAUCGGCGGUCCAGGGCAUAUAGCAGCGCGCCCAGACAGGUGACGCCGGUCCGGUCGACCGCGGCCUCGUCGUCCCGGUUGACGGACAUCAACGGUAACAUCUGGUCGCUGAGCCUGGCCAAAAGCCUGUCGCCGACAUCGUCGUACUCCAGCGGUGGUGGAUCGACGACACUAAGUUCUGCUCGUGGAGAAAUCGGCGGGAAGACCAGCGGUGCAGCCGCACUGCUGCAGCUAGGCAACGACAAUAAACGGUAUGACGCAACGAAAAAACGUUUGGACGCGUUCUACAACAGCAGAUCGCCGUCGUCGUUGCUGAACAAAUCUUACAAUUAUAAAGCUGGCAACUUGUCGUACUUCGAAAAGUACAACAAACAGCAGCAGCAGGACACACCUCCACCCAACGAACCAUUACAGCAAUCCAGAUAUGCCAACAUGAACAGGACAAAUUACGGUGCCAUCACGGAUAACGGCGGAGCUGUGCACCCGGAAUCGUCGUCGUCGACGGCGUACAGGUCGGUGGCCGAUUCGAAAAAGGGGGUGGUCGGCAUCCGAAACAUAGGAAAUACGUGCUACAUGAACUCUGUGCUGCAGUGCCUAAGCAACACCAAGAGCCUGACGGACAGCGUACUGGACGAUGUGGACGGGGCCGACGGCAAGCUGAUCCGGGCGUACCGGGAUCUCCUGUCCCGAAUCUGGAACGCUACCGACAGCCAUCCGGUGGACACCACCGCGUUCAAGUCGGCAUUCCAGCGGCUGUCCCCGCGGUUUGCCGGCUACGAGCAGCAAGACGCCCAGGAGUUCCUGCGACUGUUGCUCGACCGACUGCACAUGGACGUUAACAGGGUGAAGGUUAAGCCCCGGGCCAUGUCGGACGUGGACGAGACGCUCAAGGACAACGCGCUGGCCACCGAGUUCUGGCAGAGGUACCUGGCCACGGACAACAGUACUGUGGUCGACCUGUUUGCUGGACAGCUCAAGUCUACGCUCGAGUGUUCCACAUGUGGCCACAAGAGUAUCACGUUCGAGGUGUUUUGGGACGUGUCGCUGCCACUGCCGUCCAGCGGGUCGACCAGCGUAGUGUCCAUCAACGACCUGCUGCACAAUUUCACGCAGGAAGAGGUGUUGGACUUCCGUGAACGGCCCCGGUGCAGCGUUUGCAAGGUGGACAGGAAGAUGUUCAAGUCGUACCGGUUCCAGCGGUUGCCCAGGUACCUGGUGCUGCACCUCAAACGUUUCCAGGGUACGCAUUCGUACAAGAAGAUCACUUCGCUGGUGGCGUUCCCGUCCGUGUCGCUGGACAUGAGCCCGUACGUGUCCGGCACGGCUCGGAGCAUACAGCCGCUCGGCUGCAAGUACAACCUGUACGCGGUGUCCAACCACACGGGCACGCCGAUCGCCGGGCACUACACCGCCAUGUGCAAACAUCCGGUCACCGGCGACUGGAACUUCUUCAACGACAGUUCCGUCUCGCGGAUCACGUCGUCCGCGAAACUCAUCAGCAACGAAGCGUACAUACUGUUUUACGAGGCCGCCAAUUAUUAAUUACCUGGCCGACCAACGAUGAAAUCACCGCAGGUUCAUUAUUAUAAAUCGUUAUUUUUAUUUAAUCUUGUUACGAUAUCCGUCCAUAUAUAGAUCGAUGCUCGGCACGAAACUAUGCAUAUUAUAUUAAUAUGUAUAUGCUACCAUAAAUACCAAUAGGUACAUAAUACAUAUAUAUAUAUAUAUCAUGUUAAUGUAAUUGCUGUCGUCGUGUACCAAUACGAUGACGUUUCAACUUUGUACGAAACUUUUCAAUACCUCAACAGUCGAUAGUGUAGGAGGUGUCCGUUCUAUACACUUUACUCGCAAUUUUCAUGUAUAUAUAGUAUAUACACUAUACAUAUUGUAGUAUAACGAUAUUAAAUUAUUAAAUUUACCAACGUGUAAUUUGGUGGCAGCAGCCAGCAGUACUUGAGUGCACGACUAGUCAAAUAGGUAAUCGAGGAAUGUGGUGGGAAAGGGACGGGAGAGGGGAAAGGUUYACCAAGGUUUUAUUAUAUUAGGUAACUAUAUAAUAACUCUAUAUGUAUAUAAACAUAAUAGCUAAUGGCCAUAUAGGUAAAAUAGGUUUACCGUGUACAACACACUCGUUUCAUUAUCACGUUUGACUAUAAAUUAAAGUCUAACGCGAUACAUUAUAAUGUUAAAUGUAUUGUAUUAUUUGUGCAUUAAUAUUUAGUACAUUCAACAUUGUAAUAUAUUAUAUACAAAUGUACGAGUACAUAUGCCUAGUAGAUAAUAAGAACCUAAUAAAGGCAUUAUAUAAUCAGGGUACGGUCCAAAUAAAAUAUGUGACAUACUGACAUUUAUAUAGUGUUUGGCGAAUUACUAAUUUCGGUCGAGUGUUCACUGGUGCAAAUAUAGGAUCAAUUUUCUGUUGGGGGCGAGGAGUCUAUAGACUAGUCCCCAAAAAAUACUAAUACACACAAUAUUGAAUAAUAAAAUGUAUACAAAGAAUUUUUCAUCACAUUCUUUAAAACUGCAAAUUAUUUUUCAUUUUUAAGGGGGAGGGGGGCAGCUUUUGUUGUUUAUUGUUACRGUAUUGUAUAAUAAGAGUCGUAGUAAUAUUCGUACGAUUCAUGAGCUCAGUUAGUUAUGCAUUAAUCAAAUAUAAUUAUAUAUAUAUUAGUUAAUAUUGGUAAACCKAUGGUUUAAAAAACAAUAAUUGUAGAACAAUGGUUGAUUAAUGUAUCACAUUAACAAUAAUCAAAAUUGAAUUUUUGAAUUGUGAAUUUGAAUAAAAUAAAAUUGUGAACUAAACAUUUUAACAUCUUUAUGAACUGAUCAUUAAACAAUUGUUUAUUUUUUGUCUUAACAUUUAUUUUAUAGGGACAUUUG